CUGGUGGAGACGGACAUCUACCACCACUCUGCGGCUGUUCAAGCAACCGGCCGGCAGCGAAAGUGGCAGAAGGCCGUGGAUCUGCUUCGCAGUGUCCCGGAAGUCGCCCUUCAUCCCAGUCCGGUUAGCUACAGCAAUGGCCUCAACGCAUCCUCCGACCAGUGGGCCUUGGCAGUGUGCCUCUUGCGGAGCAUGCGAGGUCGCUUGGUGGAGGCUGAUGCUUUCAUUUAUGGAGCUGCCAGCAAUGCUUGUGAGAAAUGCGGUGCUUGGCAGACGGCCUUGGGCUUCACGUCGCAGUUGUCGGAGCAAGAGGUCCUUCCCAACGUCGUCACUUCUAGCAGUGCCCUCUGUGCAUGCAGAGAAGGACAUCAAUGGCUCCUUGCUGUGGAGCUGCUCGGAGACCUACGGCUUUGGGGCAUCGAACUGGAUGUGGUGGCUCAUGGCAGUGUGGUCGGAGCGUGCAAGGCAGCAUGGGAACAGGCAUUCUUUCUCCAUCAUGAGCCACUAGGCGACGCGCGCCUGACACGGAAUAUCAUCAGCUACAGUGCAUUGCUCCAGUCAUGCAGUGAAUGUUCGGAGUGGUCUCAGAGCCUGCACAUCCUCCGCUCCCUGAAGACCACUGCAAGUCGGCCCGACACGGUUGCUUUAACUUCUGUUAUCAGCGCGUUUGAAGCCGAAGGAAGAUGGAAGCAAGCAUUCCAGGUUUCUUGCGGCAUAGCAGAGGCGGGGCUCCAGCGCGACCUCCUGAGCCUUGCGGCAACAUGCGCUUCAAUCUCAGCUCAUUGGGCAAAGGCCUUGACGCUCCACAGUGACUGGCAUUUGGAGGAUCCGGACCAGGCUCUGUUGUUCAGUGUGCUUAACGUUUGCAAGAGGACUGGCCAGUGGCAGGUGGCUCUGGGAUUCUGGGCGAAGGCCCCACGAGAGAAGGCUCUGGGACUCACGAACCUUGUAAUCGGCGCCUGUGGGGCUCUUGGCGCGUGGCAAGUAGCUUGCUGCUUCUUGAACUGGAUGUUGGAUGAGGACAAACAUAGCCUGGACAUCGUGACUUGCACGAGCAUCCUAAGCGUUUGCGAAGGCAGGGGCCGCUGGCAGCAGGUUCUGUGGACAUUGGAGCUCAUGCCAAAGGUCCGUGUGGUGGCGAACCAGAUCAGCUGGAACGCGGCGAUCAGCAGCGCCGAGAAGAGCAGUCGCUGGGCCUUGGCCAUCGAGUUCCUGACUCGCAUGCUUUGU